CCAGAUGCGACCUGACGAACGACGAUGACCAUCAACAUUCCUCACUACUCAAAUUGCCUUCAAGCACACGCAUGGGCUCCAUCACGUCCCGUCUCCGCGCCCUCGUCGCCCGGAAGCGCAAGCUGCGCGUCAUGCUGGUCGGCCUCGACGGCGCUGGCAAAACCACACUCCUCUACCGCGCGUUCCUGGACGAGACGCUGUCGACGGUCCCAACCGUGAGCUACAACCUCGAGAUAAUCCAGCACAAGUGCGCGACGCUCACGAUGUGGGACUUUGGCGGCGACGAACGCUGUCGACGCGUCUGGGUCGACUUUCUCGCGCACCAGUAUCACAUUGUCAUCUUCGUCGUCGAUGCAACCGCGGUGGAUCGCCUGGACGAGGCCAAGCACGCGCUCCACGACAUCCUGGGCGCUGACGCCGCGCGUGACUGCCGCGUGCUCAUCUUUGCCAACAAACAAGACCGCGCGGGCGCGCUGGACGAUGGCGCGAUCUCGUCGGCCUUGGAUCUCGCGCAUUUGAAGCAGCGCAUGUGGAAGGUACAAGGCGGCUCCGCGACCAACGGCAGCGGCGUCCACGAAGGCCUCGCGUGGUGUGCGCAAGGCGGAUGCUAGCAUUGCCGAGUUAUUUAAGUCGACGUACCAUUAUUUAUUCCUUCCAUUUCCAUGUACAUCAAAUCUAUGGUUGUGAAUCGCC